AGGUUAAGUACAUCAAUACCCUUAUUACUGCUGUUAUUUACUGAUUGUCUCUUUUUAAACACUAUAUAUAAGUAUGUAAGGCCAAAGAAGACCAAGUUCCAAAGUUAGUCUUUUAUCAGGAAUAGUACUGGUAGUAUCCUUCUUUACCAGAAAUGAUGGAGAAUUCCUUGGAUUUUGUCUUCCUCUGGUGAGAGCAGAACUCCUGAUUUCCCGUUUUACCAAAAAACAAUUUCUCCCUUUUACUGAUAGCACCAACAAUAAGAAAAAGAGCUUGGAAAGAAAAAAGACUUUCAAGAAAAAGGAAAGAGACAAAGUGAAACUUGUGUUAUAAUUAUCUCAAUCUUUUCACUUUUAAAUGUCAAAUAUCACAGGUGGGGAGGGAAGCUUCUCUUCUGGAAAUACUGGAGAAGAAGUGCAGCAACUUCAAGAAAAGCAGCAGCAGCUACAAAAUCACUUCCAUGGCUCCAACUUAUCAGGACCUAAUUCUGGUGCUACUAACAGCAAUGGCUCUACCUCUCAACAGACUGCAGUCAAGAAGAAAAGAAAUCUGCCAGGAACUCCAGAUCCUAAUGCGGAUGUUAUUGCUUUAUCGCCAACAACUCUUAUGGCAACCAACCGGUUUGUAUGUGAAAUAUGCAACAAAGGGUUUCAAAGGGAUCAAAAUCUACAACUGCAUAGAAGAGGCCAUAACCUUCCAUGGAAGCUAAGGCAAAGAACUACAACUGAAGUAAAGAAACGAGUCUAUAUAUGCCCUGAACCAACAUGUGUUCACCACAACCCGGCUCGUGCAUUGGGAGACCUAACAGGCAUUAAAAAGCAUUUUAGCAGAAAACAUGGUGAGAAGAAAUGGAAAUGUGAUAAGUGCUCCAAGAAAUAUGCAGUUCAAUCUGAUUGGAAAGCUCAUCAAAAGACCUGCGGUACAAGGGAAUACAAAUGUGAUUGUGGAACCAUCUUUUCCAGAAGAGAUAGCUUCAUUACCCAUAGAGCUUUUUGUGACGCAUUGGCAGAAGAAAACAACAAAGUAAACCAAGGACUAACGGGAUCACACUUGCAAAACCAAAUGCCUGAGCUCAUGUCCUCUAUGCCAUUAACCACCAAUACAAACACUUCUAUUGGAAUAUCAGAUUUUAAUAGCUUUGACCCCAAAAAUCCACUGAAAUCCCUUCCUCAAGAGCUCGUACCUAUGCCAUUUAAGUCCAUGAACAUGGCAGGAGGCAUGUUUUCAAGUAGUUCAGGCACUCUCUUUGGCGGUCCGAGAAGUAUUGCCUCAACUUCUUCUAGCUUACAACUCAGUUCCAAUAGCUCGUCUGGGUACAAUUAUCUACAAGAUGGGAAAAAUGGUUGCCAAAUUUCAAGCUCAGCUCAAAUGUCAGCAACAGCCUUACUGCAAAAAGCAGCGCAAAUGGGUGCAACUGCUAGUAACAGUAUUAACUCCCCUAUGAUGCAAAAGAGCUUUGCGAGUAGCAUGGCAUGUCCAGAUCAGAUCAUUCCCAUAAGACCACAACUACCGCGACCUCCAUCUUUCGGUGGCGUUCAGCAGCAUAAUAACACCACCUCAUAUGAUCACUUUCCAUCGUCACAGCUGCUUGAUCAAACACACUUGGUGGGAAUCAAUGGUGGAGGAUACAACCAACCCAACGGUACCUUACAAAAAGGCCAACAAGAAAUGUCACAAUUCUUUGAUCCUACAAGUAGCUCAGGCAUGAGCGAUAUGGGAAUGCUCAGUACUAUGUUCAUGGGCACUGAUCAAAAUCCAGGGUUCAUGAAAAACAUAGAACAUAGUAAUAAUGAUCAUCAAGAUAGUGGUAAUACUACUAGCUUGAUACAUGGAAGGGCUCAUUCAAUGGAGCGGACCGCGAGUGGACCAUCAAGACUUGUGGGGCAUAAUGGUGAAAGCAGUGACAUGAUGACUCGUGACUUUAUGGGGAUUGGAGGGUCAAGACCAGCAAAUUUGCAUGAACAACAGCAGCAGCAGCAGCAGCGAAUGGAAAUGGGAGCAAUGAGCCAGCAGAGAAUGCCAAUGAUGAGUCAUUUUCAGCAACAGCUCUCACUUGGGGAAUCUGCCAUGGAGAAGCCCAUAUGGGAAGUUUGAAAAUAAUUGAAAUUGCUAGUUUUCUUCUAUCUUCUCUUUGAUUUUGAGCAUUGGAGCUGUGUAUAAUGCAUAGACCAAGGGAAGCAAUUUCUUGCUCAUCAUGUGGACCGUGAAGGAGUCGAUAAUGAGAGGCUUUUGACAUUGGGUAAUGGAAGAGGAAGCCUAAUAAAUGGGCCUAAAAAGGGUCAAGGCCUGCAUAUAUAAUGUCAAAACAUAAGGCCUUAAUUUGUAGGAUCCAUCAGGGCUUGUGCAUGGGUCACUUGCCUUGGAUAAGCCUAUUUUAGAAACUUUUUAUAUUUUACAUUUCUUUUUUUCUCCCUGGAGAACAGGAAUAACUUGUUAGUAUUUCAGAAGGAAUGUUAAUGAGCGCAUGAAGGGCAGAUUUCGGUAGUUCUCAAA